AAUAUAGUCGAACAAAAAAGAAACCAUUAACACCACCACCUGAAUGUGUACCAUUUGAUUUAACACCGAAAGUUUUAACAUUGGAAAUGCAAAUGGCUAUUUUACCACCAACAAUAUCACCAGCAUCAUCAAAUGAACCUCGUUUAAAAGCAACUGAUAAUUAUAAAUUUUCUCAAGAAUAUGAAUCCAUUGAUCCUGGUCAACAAUUUUCUUGGGAAAAUUCUAAAUUAGAAUAUAAUAAACCAAAAAAUCGUUAUGCAAAUGUUAUUGCAUAUGAUCAUUCUCGUGUUAUUUUACAUUCAAUUGAUGGUAUAUCAGGAAGUGACUAUAUCAAUGCAAAUUAUUUAGAUGGAUAUAGAAAACAAAAUGCCUAUAUAGCAACACAAGGUCCAUUACCAAAUACAUUUGCUGAUUUUUGGAGAAUGAUUUGGGAAACAAACUCAGCUUGUAUUGUUAUGAUGACAAAAUUAGAAGAAAGAAAUCGAUUAAAAUGUGAUCAAUAUUGGCCAUCGCGAGGAACAGAAGUCUAUGGAUCAAUUCAAGUUACUUUAACAGAUUUUAUUGAACUUUCAUCUUAUAGUAUUCGAACAUUUACUAUAGCAUGGACUGGUCAUCCAGAAAAACGAGAAAUUCGACAUUGUCAAUUUACAGCAUGGCCAGAUCAUGGCAUACUGGAACAUGCAACAUCAUUUUUAAUGUUUGUUCGAAGAGUAAAAGUUCUAAAUCCAUCAGAUGCUGGACCAAUAAUUGUACAUUGUUCUGCUGGUGUUGGUCGUACUGGUUGUUUUAUUGUUGUUGAUGCUUUAUUAGAAAGAUUAAAACAUGAAAAAACUAUUGAUAUUUAUGGACAUGUCACUUUGUUAAGAGCACAACGAAAUUAUAUUGUUCAAACUGAAGAACAAUAUAUAUUUAUAUAUGAAGCCAUUAAUGAAGCUAUUCAAUCAGGGCAAACUGAAGUUUUAGCAAGGAAUUUAUUAGCACAUUUACAACGAUUAUUACAACCAAUAAAUGAUAGUUCAUUAACAGAAAUGGAACUUGAAUUUAAACGUUUGGCGAAUAUUAAAGCUCAACCUUCAAAAUUUUUAAGUGCAAAUAAUCCAGCUAAUAAAUUUAAAAAUCGUCUUGUAAAUAUUUUACCUUAUGAAAAUACUCGUGUAUGUUUAUCACCUAUUCGUGGUGUUGAAGGAUCAGAUUAUAUCAAUGCAUCAUAUAUUGAUGGUUAUCGAUUUAAAAACGGUUAUAUUGCAACUCAAGGACCAUUAAAUGAAACAAUCGAUGAUUUUUGGCGAAUGGUUUGGGAACAUAAUGUAACCAUUAUUGUUAUGCUGACUAAAUUAAAAGAAAUGGGUAGAGAAAAAUGCGUACAAUAUUGGCCAACAGAUCGAUCAACACGUUAUGGAUAUUUUAUUGUUGAUCCAGUUGGUGCUUAUAAUAUGCCACAAUAUUUAUUAAGUGAAUUUAAAGUAAUAGAUUCAAGAGAUGGACAAUCUCGAACUGUUCGUCAUUUUCUAUAUACAGAAUGGCCUGAACAAGGUGUACCAAAAGUUGGUGAAGGUUUUAUUGAUUUUAUUGGACAAGUACAUAAAACUAAAGAAGGUUUUGGUCAAGAAGGACCUAUUGUUGUACAUUGUUCAGCUGGUGCCGGACGAACAGGUGUAUUUCUUACAUUAAGUAUUGUACUUGAAAGAAUACGCUAUGAAGGUGUUGUUGAUGUAUUUCAAACGGUGAAAUUAUUACGUACACAACGUCCAGCACUUGUUCAAACAGAAGAUCAAUAUCAAUUUUGUUAUCGUUCAGCUCUUGAAUAUUUGGGUUCAUUUGAUAAUUUUGUAUCUUCUUGA